AUGCCUACCCCCACAUUCCACCCCAACCUAGACAGCCCCUCCUUUACGCCCUCCAAGCAGCUCAAUGGCUGUCCAGAUUCUCACCCGUCGCCCCGCUCACAGUCAUCGUGGAAAUCUGUCUUUCGCAUCCCCAACACCUCCUCCAAGAAGCUGCCAAUAAACGGUCCUCCGCUGCUUCUCGAGACCCAUGCCCUGCCGCAGUCGGCCCAGAGCAGCACCUCCCACACUCCCGUCACGCCCACAGCCUCUCUCACCCCUGCCACAUACCUUUCUGACCAACGAUCCUCGUACAACUCCUCUAAUACCCAGUCAAGCGACUCUAAUGGUGGACUGACAUCCAAAGGACACUACAUGCCCCCUCUAGGCCACGGCUUCCCCUCAACAGACGGACUUUCGGUGACAACGCCUGCCCGAUCACGACAACACACCAAGUCAGAACGGGCGCGGUCCAACGCCGCGCGCCAUCCGCCACCCCCUCGUAUCCAACCACUAACGGCUGAUCCAUCCCAGACCUCUUUCAAUACACCCUCAACACCGUCGAAAUCUCGGUCGAAUGGGCCGCUGAGCCCGAAGUCGGUCGGCGCCUCAGCAUCACGCUUCAUUCGGCGCGUAGCGUCCGCCCCCAACGCCAAGGGGCUGUUUUCGAUAGGGUCCAAGUCGUUGGCAGCGACGACGAAGAACGGUAUGCUGGCACCAGCGGACGCCGUGCCCCCUCUGCCGCCGCUGGUGUCGAGCUCUUUAGAACAGGGCCAGGACUCUUUGGAGACGGUGUCUUCCGGCUCAUCCAGAGGCCAGAUAUCCCGGUCACCUCCCAUGACAGCUCCGCUGAGCAUGAAGAUUGCGAGUGCCAAUGGCCUGCCUCCCCCUCCCAACAAGAUAGCCUUCAGACGGACGUACUCGAGUAACUCAAUCAAGGUUCGACAGGUGGAGGUUAGCCCGUCGAGUUUCGUCAAGAUCAAAAUGCUGGGGAAAGGAGACGUUGGACGAGUGUAUCUAGUACGGGAGAAGAAAAGCGACAAGCUUUACGCAAUGAAAGUUCUGUCCAAGAAAGAGAUGAUUGAACGGAAAAAGAUCAAACGCGCGUUGACAGAGCAGGAAAUAUUGGCAACAGCCAACCACCCCUUCAUUGUUACUUUGUACCACUCAUUUCAGUCGGAAGGGUAUCUCUACUUCUGCAUGGAAUACUGCAUGGGGGGCGAGUUCUUCCGCGCACUGCAGACACGACCCGGUAAAUGCCUCCCCGAAGACGGUUCCCGGUUUUAUGCCGCGGAGGUUGUGGCAGCGCUGGAAUACCUACAUCUAAUGGGAUUUAUAUAUCGCGAUCUGAAGCCCGAAAACAUUCUCCUCCACCAAUCUGGCCACAUAAUGUUAUCGGAUUUUGACCUGGCGAAGCAGUCGAACGACCCUAGUGGGAUGCCGACAAUGGUGCAUUCGGAGCAGACUGGGAUCCCUCUGGUGGACACGAUGACGUGCACGGCAAACUUCAGGACAAACUCUUUCGUUGGUACGGAAGAGUACAUUGCACCGGAAGUUAUCGCUGCGCAAGGCCACACGGCAGCGGUGGACUGGUGGACACUCGGGAUACUUAUAUAUGAGAUGAUUUACGCAACGACACCCUUUAAAGGGCACGAACGUAAUGAUACCUUUCAUAAUAUCCGCUAUCAGCCUGUGCAGUUCCGCGACAGUCCGAAAAUCUCAUCAGCAGGCAAGGACUGCAUGACGCGAUUGCUGGACAAAUCUGAGCGGACACGAUUGGGAAGCAAGAGCGGGGCGAGUGAGGUGAAGCAGCACAAGUGGUUUGGGAAAAUCAACUGGGGGCUGCUUCGGAACACGCGACCGCCGAUUGUGCCCAACUCGUCGAACGCGACCGACGCAGCGAAUUUCCGGAACAUGAAGGAGUCGCACUCGCUGCAUCUAGAGGAGCAGCGGGGGCCGGGGCUGAGUGUGGAGGAGGCGGAGGACCUGUUCGGGGCGUUUUCGAGCGUGACACUACACUACGAUGGGGAUACGUAA